AUGAGGACGAAGCUGAUGAGCAGCUUUGGAAAAAUGCUGCGGUGGCCAAAAGUUGAGCUUACUGGCAUUGCCACCCUUUCAGCUUUGAGCUUGAAUCGCCAAGCUGUCUGCGAUGUUUUGUCAGUGUGGGCUGCCCAUAGCAACAAGGAAGCGAAGUCGCCUCCAGUGCACUGGCUGAAGCAAGAGGUGAAGCAGCUGUAUGUCCUGAUGAAUGUGGAGCCCAAAGCUUGCAAUAUCUACUUGGAUUCUUGGGGAACCAAGCGCUUGAUCUCGCUAUGCUUGCGAAAGUGGAAGGAUCCAACGCUUCACGUGCUGAUGGAUCUCAUGACUCAGCACUGGGGUCACCUGCAUGCUCAACCAGGGCUGCCGGAACCCCUUCCAAACGCUGAGCCGCCCGAGCAGCCUGAGAGAGAAGACCUGGCGCAGCUGGCUGAUGCUACUUCCAUGGAUUCCCCUUCAAGUGGGCUGCACGCUGGGGUUGUGUCUUCGGCUGGUGCGCCAAUGGCUUCUUCUACACCGGUGGACCUUGAGGGAAUGCGCAAUGAAAGAGAAACCAUCUUGAGACUUGAUUUUGUUUACGUUUGUUUGCAAGUUUUUUGA